AUGCUUGAAUUACGACUAGCACAAGGAAACCUUCUGAAAAAGGUCUUAGAACCGAUCAAAGAUAUAGUGGAUGAAGCCAACUUCGAUUGUUCAAAGACAAGUUGCUCUUUACAAGGUCAUAGACCAAUGGAUUUUGUUGAGCUCUUGCUAAGAGCUGAGGGUUUUGAGCAUUACAGAUGUGAUAAGCAUUACUUGAUGGGGAUGAAUCUUAAUUACAUGUCUACCAUGUUUAAGUGUGCUGGUAAUGAUGAUAUUAUCACUAUUAAGGCUGAUGAUGCAAGUGAUAAGGUUAAUUUCGUGUUUGAGAGCCCCAACAAGGUUAAAGUUUCUGAUUUUGAGAUGCACUUGAUGGACAUAGACGUUGACCGGUUCGAUUUCCCUGAAGCCGAAUAUGAUGCCAAUAUAAGGAUGCCUUCAGCUCAAUUUGCCAAGAUUUGCAGAGAUUUUAGCCAAAUUGACGACACUGUUGUAAUCUCCGUGAUAGAAGAAGGUGUUAAGUUUUCGAUAACAGGUGAAAUUGGAACUGCAAGUGUUGUCUGCAGACACACACCGUCUAACAAGCCUGAAGAAGCCACAUUAAUAGAGAGGAAUAAGUCAGUGGAACUGCCAUUUUCACUAAGAUACAUGAUCUCGUUCAUCAAGGCAACACCGAUCUCGAACACUGUCACAAUCAGUAUAUCUUCAAUGCUUCCUCUUGUGGUUGAUUACAACACUGCAGAGAUGGGUUAUAUUCGGUUACAACACUGUAUCACAUUAUAUCUCAUUUAUGUUGAUUGUCAUGGUGUUCUUGUUAAUGAGGCCUUGCAUCACAUAGUGAAUUCCGAAGAAUUGGAUUCAUCGAGUAAGUUCAUUGCUAUUUUUGAUCUUCAGAAUGAGAGUUUCUUGCUUAUGGACUGCUCAAAAUUUUGGGGUGAGGGUGAGAGGUGUGAGGGAGAAACAAUGGUGGAGAAGAAGUAG